AUGGCGCUGUUCAGAGCGCCCUUGCCUGGGGCAGCGCAACCGGUGGUGGCGGCUCGGCAGGAGUUCGGCGAGCAUGUGCACGGUCCGGCCCGCUUCUUGCCCACUUUGCGUGUGCGGUCGCAGACGCCGCCACGGUUCAAGAGUGUCACCCGUCCCUGCGGCAAUGCGGAAGGGUCACCGUUUGUGACGCCGCGACGCGCCAAAGGCCAUGCUGAAGCCAGGGCUGCAAGCCUGGCUUCCCUGACCCCGAUGAAGGCGGUCAAGGUGGUCAAGCCCGGACCGGCGGAAGCGCCUCCCUUGCCGAUGCUUCUGGGAGGGGAGGAUGCCUGCAAACUUGCAGUUCAGCCGUCCAAAGCUAAGGUUCCGGAGACCACAACCAAUGAUGAGUAUGUGGCGGCCCUCAAACGUGAGUUCCAUGCAGCCCUGGCACGCACCCUGGACAAGGCAUCAGAGGAGAAGGCCGAGCUGCAGCAGGAACUUGCAAGCGCAGCGACGGCUUCUCAGGAGCACUUGCAGAAGCUGGUUGACACCCAAGCGGCCGAAAUGUCGGAGCUCAAAGAAGCCGUCAUGAGGCUUGAGGCAGCUGCCAGGUGCUGGGAGGCGGACAAGGCCGAACUGCAGAAAGAACUCGCCAUCGCAGCAGCGGCUUCUCAGGAGUACUUGCAGAAGCUGGUCCUGAACCAGGCCGAAUUGACAGAGCUCAAAGAAGCAGUCAUGAGGCUCGAGGCACGGCAUCUGGACAAGACCGAUGCUAAAGAAAGCUGUUGGGCAGCCGAGAAGGCCGAGAUGCAGGGAGAUCUCGCAAGAGCAGCAGCAGCUGCUCAGGAGUACUUGAAGGAGCUGGCUGGCAAUCAGGCCGAGAUUGCGGAGCUGAAAGAAGCUGUCUUGAGGCUUCAGGCCGGGUUUCAGGACAAGACAGCUCAAGAGAGCUGUUGGGCGGCCGAGAAGGCCCAGCUGCAGCAAGAUCUCGCAAGCGCAGCAGCAGCUUCUCAGGAGUGCUCACAGGAGUUGGCGCGCAACGAGGUCAAGGUGGCGGAGCUGCAAGAGGCAGUCGCCAGCCUUCAGGCCUAUGUGAAGGAGCAGGACGUCGCCCUGCUGAGCAUGCAUUACGAGCUCUACGAAUUCAAGGCGCAGGUCCACGAGACGGCCAAGAAGGAGGAGCUCUGGGACAUCUCUGGUUCCAGCCAAUGCUCACCUUUCUCUGCGAGGGCUUCGAGCUCCCGGGACGCAGUCCUGCCGGGCCCCGUGCAGGAGGUAGCGCAGCAGACCGCGUCAUCUCGCAGAGCACCCGUGAUUACACGGUGGCAGGAUGCUGGGCUGUGGGGCCGUACCAAAGCAUCCUUGCAAGAUGGCCGCUUGGGGCAGGCCAGCCAGGGCGUAGAGCGGAAGGACGGCGUCGCGAAGGACAUCUUGCGGCAAUAUGUUGAGCGCUAUGGGAAAAACCCGGAGCGUCCGGACCAGCUCACGAAAUUUGCGCAGAAUAUCGAGCAGCGCUUGCCCUUCACGUGGGCACGCGAUGUCCUGGCAGCUGCCUGA